UAAAGAAAACGCAUUGAAUGAGAAGGUGUGUCCAAACUUUUGGCCUGUACUGUAUGCGUAUUUCUUUGCAAUAAAUACAAAAGAACACAUUCUGCCUGCACCUUGCUCCCUUUCCUCACCUCCCGGCAUUACAAACAGAGGGACACAAUAACCCGUGAGGGGCAGGUGAAAACCAGGAACUAAUACAGAGAUUCAAAAUAACUUACUCAAAAUAGCUGUGUGUGCAUUUUAUGGGUGCGCUGCUGCCAUCUGCUUCAACCAGCGGUUAGAACACCGGCGAGGGGGAGCACCGGAGCGGGAGAGACCACGCAGGGCCACGUGAAGCAGCCGUCACAGGUGUCCACGAUAUUUGCGCCCUCAGGUGGAACUGCAUUAACAUCGGACACGAUUGUGUGGUGGGAAUCACUGCAUGGGUUCAGAAACACUUCUGAAAACCACUGUCUGUGGGCACUGCAACCACCAAUGCAAUUUAACACCCGUUCAGUCCUCUAUGGUUUGCUUAUUCCCCCUGCCUUAAAGAAGAGGUGCACCAGAGUGAGACAUCUCACUGGCAAAUUCAGGUGGGAGCAAAAAGCAAGAACAGAGUCCCUUUCUUCUUUCCCUGCCUGCAUGCCUUGGCAUGUGUUGGUGAUAUGUCUCUGAGGCACUCACAUGGGGUCGGGGUAGACCAGUGUCCCAGUCUGGAUAAAAAAAUAAAUUGGUGCAUGUCUAGCUAUGAUUCUGUAGUAUCUCUGGCCAAUCUGCAGUCACUCCCUACCUAAAACAUUUUAGUGUAUUUAAAUUUACUCUGUACCAAAUGGCAGGUAAAAAUACAUUCAAUCUUGUCUUUAAAGUCAAGCAAAUUUAGAUGAAGUUGCCUUGACUUACCUAAACUAUUGAGUAAUUUGUAACACGCAUGCAACAUGAAUGGAAUAAUACUGAUACCAAUUCUAAAUGUCUCUGUUCAACACUUCCAGAUUGCAGUGGCACUUACAAAUACAGAAGUGGAUAAGAGUUUCCUUUGUGUUGAGUAAUUGUCACUGCUGAUCCAGCAGUUAUCACACUUCUGAUGAGUCCUCUUUUGCAUUAGUUUCGAUAUGUUCAGAUCACGUACAGGCUGCUGUUAUUAGCACAAGCUCUGUCCAUUCAAGUGAAUUAACAGCUGCGGUCUCUGGCUAUUUGUGCAGAACAUUAUGAAAGGGUUUUUUUUGGUUGCGUGACGUGCAAACUGAACUCUGCUGACCAUGAUUGGAGGGAAGGGCUAAACUGAGCUUUCUCUCUUCUAAGUCUUGCUAAACUCUGAUCUUUUUUUUUAGGUGAAGUCAGUUGAAGUUGUUUUCUCUCCUCUCUUCUUCUGCCCUUUGUGCUAUGCGUCUUUGAGCGCUCAGAAAUUCAGCCAAAAAAAGCCUCUUCUCUCUUUCAGUUUAUUUAUUAAGCAGUAUUAACAGUGUGACUGUUAGUGUAAAUUGUACUGUGACAAUUAAAUGAAUGGCUGUAGGACAUGGCUAAUGUGACAGACAUGGAUUUGGACCUGGGAGGGAUAUUUCUACAGAACAGCACCUUUAACUACGAAAACUAUGAUUAUAACGAGAACUACCCUUCUGAAGAUUGUAGUAGGGUGCAUUUUGGGACCGUUCUCCUCCCGGUGUUCUACUCCCUGACGCUGGUCCUGGGCCUGCUGGGUAAUGGGCUGGUCCUAGUGGUUCUUGUCAAGAGGAGGCGGAGCUGGAGCGUGACAGACACAUUUAUCCUGCACCUUGCUGUAGCUGACACCCUACUGCUCCUCACACUGCCUCUCUGGGCAGCUCAGGCCGCUGCGGGCUGGAGUUUUGGGACACCUCUCUGCAAGAUCACUGGAGCCAUGUUUAAAAUCAACUUUUACUGUGGCAUCUUCCUGCUGACCUGCAUCAGUCUGGACCGCUACCUGUCUGUGGUCCACGCUGUCCAGAUGUACUCUCGCAGGAAGCCCUGGAUGGUGCAGGUCAGCUGCCUGUCCGUCUGGCUCCUCUCCAUCCUCCUCUCCAUCCCUGACUGGCUCUUCCUGGAGUCUGUAAGUGAUACCAGACAAGAAAAAGCAGAGUGUAUCCAAAACUACCCAAUCUCCUCCCAGUCCGGGUUUGCCUGGCGCCUUGCUUCUCGCCUGCUCUGCCACAUAUUGGGCUUCCUCCUCCCCUCAGCAGUCCUGAUAUUCUGCUACUCAUACAUCCUUGUACGGCUGCUGCAUGGCUCCCAGGGUGCCCAGAAGCAAAGAGCUGUUCGGGUCAUUCUGGCCCUGGUGCUGGUCUUCUUCCUCUGCUGGACACCCUACAACAUCACCCUCAUGGUGGACACACUCCAUGGGACGCCUGUUGAAGGGUCCUUUGAGAAGGGGACAAUAGCUUUGAAGAACAGCCUGGCUAUCACGUUUGCUGUAGCCUGUCUUCACACCUGCCUCAACCCCAUGCUCUACCUAGGCCUUUGUAGAAACUUCUGCCACCAUGUGCUGCAUAUGGUGAUGUGUUCUACGGGGGUACAAGGUGUCCCCAGAAUCUCGCUGUGGGACUCAGGUAUAGUUGAGGACUCACCUGGCCAAGCAGAGGAGAAUGUCCAGUUAGACCAAGUUACUAGAAUGGGACAGGUACAGUCCCCCCAGAACUGAUGGUUAGGUAAAUUACUAGUUUUUUUUUCACCCAAUCUUUCUCCUCUUCUAAUAUUGUUAUACUUAAUUCACUGUUAUGGCCUUGCAUCAACUCCACAGUAGGUUCUGUUUCAUCAAAGGGCCUCCAAACAUGUCUCGCCAAGCCGUUAUGAUUCGUCACCUGCCAUCUAGGCAGUGUUCAGUGGUACACGCAAGUUUGAGUAUGAAAAACGUUUCCUUGCUUUACAAUCAUGAUUGACAUUGGGCAUCGUUGGUAUGCUGAAUCCUGGUCGCAACCCUGGCCACAAUGCUGCCGCGGUACUGCAAAGCACUGACUAAGGCCGCUUUUCUUUCAAUUGCACUUUAAUGGGAAAACAUUUCAAGAACAGUAUAUUCCUUACGUUUUCCACUCAGCAGCUUGUCUGAUCAUCAAGGAAAUAGAGGUAAUACUCUGUACAAAGCACUUUAAUUAUGUCAUAUAUGGAUGGUUCUCAUCAGGUGCAUUAUCAUUUUAAAUUGUUAUAGGGAUGACCAAAGCAAUAUCAAGCACUUGUAGCUGUUUCUAUGUUACUGAAAUGUUGUGUUUUACAACAUUUGAAAAUGUUAUUUGAAAUAGUGUUAUUGUGUUAUUUA